CUUCCCCGGCCGGAAUCCCACCAGACCAACCGCAGCAAGGGCACCCACACCACCUCCACCUCCUCGCCGUCGAAAGGAAUCCAAAGGGAUCAGCGAACCGGCGGCGGCGAUGGGGAUCGGGGAGCACUUCGAGGGCGUGAAGCAGCACUGGGCGCGCAACCUCGCCUUCCUCGACUACUUCAAGAAGGUCUACGGCCGCGCCGAGCCCCUCCCCAAGUGGUCCGACGCCGACGUCGAGGAGUUCAUCGCCUCCGACCCCGUCUACGGGCCCCAGCUCAAGGUCCUACGGGAGUCGAGGAAGUUCGCGCUCGGCGGGGCCCUCGUCGGCGCCGCCCACCUCGGCGGCGUGGCGUUCAAGUACUCCAAGGCGCCGCACGGCGUCUUGCUGGCGACCGGGUUCGGGGCGAUCACCGGUGCCGUGCUGGGAGCCGAGGUGGCGGAGCACUGGUACCAGCUCUACAAGGUGGACAAGCAGGGGGCCAACCUCAGGUUCAUCUACUGGUGGGAGGACAAGGUCUCAGGUCAGAAGAGCUGAACCACAUUAAAUGAUGCUGAUGUGAGCAUACCAGCUUGACAAAACAGUGAUGCCUCUUCUGUGGAAUUCAUAGUUUUUGCUUCCUAGUUUUUUUCCAAUAAGGUGUGUAUUGGUUGUGGAACCAACUGGACGAUGUACCUUGCUCUCUAUCAUGAGUGAUGUUUAUCCUGAUCUUUCCAAAGACAUGGUUUCUUGAAUGAAUAUUUUGCAGCUAGUAGUUACAAUUGAUCUUGGAUAAAUAAAAAAGGCUGCACGCUGCAUUCAAAACCAUUUAGUGUUCCUGUAUGUAUACAACUGGUCUCGAGGGCUGAAGUUAUGACAUCGGUUUCUGAAGUUGCAGUUUCUUCUA